AGUUGGAAGUGUGGUGAGACGGUUAAGUAACAGGCACUAUAAGUCUCAAGCUCAAGCUCAACUCAAGUUGCUAUCUACCAUGGCAUUCAGGAAACUAACUAACAUGACGAUCCUCGUGCUCAUUCUCAUUCUCAUUCUUGUCAUCACGGCCAGUUCUUCUAAACCUGUUGACACCCUUCCUGGCUUCCCUGGCAAACUGCCUUUUAACCUUCAAACUGGUUAUGUGGGAGUAGGGGACAUGGAUUCCGUGCAGCUAUUCUAUUGGUUCGUGGAAUCAGAAAGGAAUCCAGAGGAAGAUCCUCUUUUGCUUUGGCUGACUGGAGGCCCCGGUUGUUCUGGCUUCUCUGGCCUCGUCUUCGAAGUAGGUCCGCUUAUGUUUGAUUAUGCCAAAUCAAGAGGCAGCGGAACGUUACCUACCCUUAAGCUGAAUCCAUUCUCAUGGACAAAGGUAGCUAGCAUGAUCUUCAUAGAUGCCCCUGUGGGUACUGGAUUUUCUUAUGCCACAAAUCCCGACUCUUAUGGAGUCACUGAUACUUUAGCAGCUGCACAUAAUUACCAGUUUUUGCGCAAGUGGCUUUUGUCCAAUACCAAGUUCCAGAAGAAUCCACUAUACAUAGCUGGCGAUUCUUACUCGGGCAUCAUCCUCCCUAUACUUGUCAAGACCAUAUCUGAUGGAAACGAGAGUGGAGGAGGAGGAAAAAGAAUGAAUCUAAAGGGAUACAUACUGGGAAACCCCGCCACAGAUUUGUCUGUUGAUAAAAACUGGAGAAUUCCAUUCUAUCAUAAACAUGCCCUUAUUUCCGAUCAACUCUAUCAGGCAACUAAAACAAAUUGCAAAGGUCAAUACAUAAACGUAGACUCAAGCAAUGCCGCAUGUUUCCAGAAUCUCCAACUUGUGUCCGAGUGCGUUAGGAAUAUUUUUACAGCGCAAAUAUUAGAACCAAACUGUUUCGAUGCUGCCACAAAAGAGGCUAAAGCAUUUGGAUGGGAUCCUAGUAAUCUCACACACCAUAAUCAAUUGAACCUCCUCCUUCCUAACGCUUUUCAUCACCACACCCCAACCUGGUGUCGGAACUACAACUACGUCUUCUCUUACAUCUGGGCUAACGAUGGAGAAGUUCAAACAGCUCUUCACGUUCGGAAGGGAAUCAAGAUGGAAUGGAACAGAUGCAAUCGGAGUUUAUCUUACACCUAUGAUGUCACAAGCACUGUACCAUAUCACAAGUAUCUUAUUAACAAAGACUAUAAAGUUUUGAUUUACAGUGGAGAUCAUGAUGCAGUUAUUCCAUAUUUGGGUACAAUGACAUGGAUAAAAUCUCUGAAUUUGUCGCUCAAACGAGACUGGUUACCAUGGUACGUAGGUGGACAAGUAGGAGGAUAUACAUUGCAGUAUACACAGCGGAAUUAUAACCUAGUGUAUGCAACUGUGAAGGCAAGAUAAAGCAUUUAAUUAUAUUUGACACACUGAUUUAAUUCUUAUGGAGAAAUUAAAAUAAAUAAUGUAUUAUAAUAUUAUUAUUAAUAAA